CAAUAAAACAGAACUGGAUCAGUUUUGGUGCUGCAUUUAGACUUUAUUCACAACCACCAGUUCACAAGCAGGGGGCGAUCUGACGACUUUCCUUACCUUUAAACCAGUGGAUUCUCAGCCUGGGGGUCGGGACGGAAAAGGUGGUCGGAAAAAAGGGGUCUUUAAAGGAGGAGGUAAAGAUGUGUUAAACACUUACAAAGGACAUAAUCUGGGACUUACCCAAAUUGAUCCUUCCCAAAAUAAUUUUACAUUGUGGUGCUGAAGGAGGAUUUUAGACAUCAUGGCAACUGACCACAACACGGCCAGAGAGUGGCUGGAUUAUUCAGCUGUUGAAACACGGAAAGACCCUGCAAGUGUUGAUGGAACUCCUGGUAUCAAGACAGAGAUCAUUUGGGAUGAGCAUGAUUAUAAAGAUGAUCAUGAAAUAUACAUGUUAAAGAUGAAGGAGCUUGAAGUUGCUGCUGAAUCUAGUAAGUCUAGAUCAGUAUAUGAAAAAAUGAGCCCUGCUGAGCGUCGUCUGAUCUCCAUCAGGGAUAAAAUACAGUUGUGCAGGUUCUGUGGUAAGAUCUGCAGAGAUCCCAGCCAUCUUCGAAUACAUGAAAGGUCACAUACGGGUGAAAAACCAUUUGAGUGCUCUCGGUGUGGAAAAGCGUUCAGCACGGCCAGCAACCUGAAAAGCCAUGAGCAGACACACACAGGAGAAAAGCCGUACUCGUGCCAGGAGUGUGGGAAAAGGUUCGCUCUACAGUAUUACCUUACCCGCCACAUCAAGACCCAUAUGAAGGUGGAGACAUUUAUUUGUAGCACAUGUGGGAAGAAUUUUGCGAACAUGCGGAACCUGAACAUUCACAACCGAAUCCACACGGGAGAGAAGCCGUUUCAGUGCAAAUACUGCGCGCAAACUUUCAUACGCUCGGGUGAACUGAAGUUUCAUCUGAAGACUCAUACAGAAGAGGCUCCUGCUCCUGUUUGUUGUUCACUGGAAAAGGAACUUUCCACAGAAAGGCCAGUUCACCACAUGCAAACACAUGACCCUGACCGUCCUUUUAAAUGUAUAAAAUGUGGGAAAACUUUUAAGGACGCAACCAAACUGAAGAUUCACAAAGCUUUCCAUUCUGGUAAGAAACCUUAUAGCUGUUCUGACUGUGGAAAACUUUUCACUCAUUCAGUUUACCUGACAAUCCACAAGCGAGUACAUACCGGACAAAAAUCGUAUACUUGUGCAAAGUGUGGAGGGAGCUUCUCCAGCUCAAGAAGUCUACUUCAGCAUCAGCAUUCGCAUUCCCAAAUUAAGCUACACCACUGUUUUCAGUGUGGAAAAGAUUUUACCCAUCGACAUUUGCUGAAAAGUCAUAUGCGAGGUCUUUCCAGUGGCAAAACAUUUGAAUGUUCACAGUGUGGCUUGAAAUUCCGCCACCAAAUCAGACUGAAAAGGCAUGAAAAGAUCCACACAGACGAGAAUAAGUUCAACUGCUCAGAUUGUAAAACAUCUUUCAGGCUAUCAGUAGAGCUUAAAAUUCACCAGCGCUAUCACAAAGGUGAGAAAAAACACAAGUGUUCACAGUGUGGAAGAUGUUUCACAACAGCAGGGAGACUUCAGUGGCAUCGGCAGACACAUUCUGGUUUAAAACAGUGUGACUGCAUAGGACAUGGGAAGAGUUGUUCUCAUGGACAUCUGCAGGCCCAAAAUAAAACCUCCCAUAACUUUGCGUUCACUUGUCCAGAGUGUGGCAAAAGCUUAGCCGAUGAGAAGAAACUCAAAGCUCAUGUCAAGACCCACUCCACCGAAAGGCCAUUUGAAUGCGAGACAUGUGGAAAGGGCUUCAAGAAGGAAGCGUUCCUUCGUGAACACCAAAGAACACACACCGGGGAACGUCCUUUCGAGUGUCCAGAGUGCGGGAAAAGAUUUUCUCACGCAGGUAACAUGGCCACACACCGGCGAAUCCACACUGGAGAGAAACCCUUCCAUUGCACUCUUUGCGGGAGAAGAUUCAGUGAUGCCUCUCAUUUCGUGAAGCAUCAGCGCUGGCACAGCGGGAUUAAACCCAAAGCUUGUGAGAUAUGUGGUAAAUGUUUUGCCGACACGGCCUUACUGAACCGGCACAAGAGAAUCCACUCCGGAGAGAAGCCCUUUGCUUGCACAGAGUGUAAGAGGUGCUUCAUUGAUAAGUCUGAGCUGUCCAGACACGCGAAAACACACACACGAGAGCGCAACCACCGCUGUGAGACAUGUGGAAAAAGCUAUGCUCGUAGCUACAGUUUGAAAUUGCAUCAAAAAACUCAUCAUGCAAAAGAGCUCCCAGACGUAAGCUCUCAGAAACGUGUCUGAAUCAUUUGUCCUUUGUCCACUUUAAACCUGUACUUGACUUGUAUCUGUGCUCAGUGGUACUUUUAUCUGAAAACCUCCAUAUACUUGCACUUUGUAGGUUUAAAGGUACUGACGGUAGUCAAUCUGUUGCUGCACAAUUUAUAAGCCCCCACUUUACCCAGUUCUCAGUGGAAAAGGACCGCCAUGGAUCAUUCUCAACACAGCGAUGACAUUGACUUGGUAGUGGAUGUUGCAUUGUUAUAAGAGUUUCAAGCACAGUGUUGUUGCUGAGAUCUUUUAAUAGCUCUUAACGCUUGACUCUGAUAGGUUAAAAAUAGUCCAGACUGCAGUGGUCCUGUGGUCCGAAACUACACUGUAUGAAGUACUGGAAGCUUUGGCACAGUAAACUGGAAUCGAUCCAGUUCCAAAGCGUCCAGUUCUAUGGGUUUUGGUACCUGCUCAAGAUUGGUACCAACAGGACCUGUACUCCACAAUUUAGUGGUGAAGACAUGAUGAAUAAACUCAAAAACUAGAAUAGUAUGUGGAUGUGUUCAUUUUUAGAAUGAUUUGUUUGUAGGUUAGAACUAAGAUUAUUAGUCUUUAUGCUUGGCUUUUUUGUCAUAUAAAAAUAUAAGCUUUGCUUAUACUUUGAUUUCUAGUUAGCAAAAUUAGAUGCUUUAAAGUGGUUAUGACUUUAUUCUAGUUGCCUCUCAAAUGGCUGAAAAAAUGAGCCAAGUUCUGAUGGCUCCUAUUUGGGUUAGUUCUUGUUUCUUGUACAGGGGUAAAAUCCCCUAACUGUGGACCAACAAAGUAGGUGUUUGUAAUAAAAUGGGCAGUAAGCGCAGAUGCUUAACCUCUACAUUGCUUUUGUACCGGCGCAACACUCACUAAUGUGAGUGUCGGUGCUGUGCUGAGAAUGGUGCACUACCCAACAGAUGCCUGGUCAGUGUUCUUAUGGUGGUCUCUUUCCAUUGAUGGAAGAGGUAGAGGGGGGCUGAUAAAUUCUGCAGAAAUACAUAGAAUACAGUCAGUAACUGUAGACCUACGAAGUGCACGUGUAUGGUGUUUCUGACAAAAUGGCCAAGGAGUCAAGGUACAAGGUAAGUAUACCUAAUAAACUGGAAACUCAGUAUAGAAUGUUAAUCAUGGUUAUGAAACAUCUUCUGUUAUUUCCAUAGAUAGUAAAAAUGAUUCCUUGAUAUUAAUUGGUUAAAAUAGAUUAUUUACAUACAGUAGCCUGUUACAACUGCAUGAACUAUAGUUCUAUAGUAUAAUGCUGUAUUCGACCACAACUAUUAUUACAGUAAAAUGAAAAAUCUUAGUGUAGGUCUAGUUCAUACAUGCAGCAUCAGUGCAUGUUUAGUGCAGCAAUUUUUCAACUGGUAAUUAAAAUCAUCAUAUUGCCGUUUUUUUUUAUUGCAGAAGCAAAGUAGCAAUUAAUGAAUGGCAGUGUUUCAGUAUGAACCAUUCUCAUUUUCCUUACGCAAAUAAAUUUAGAUUCAUGUUCUUUA